AUGACGCUCAAUCUCAACGAUUUCGAUGUCCUGGUGUUUGAUAUUGAAGGAACCGUUUGUCCCAUCUCCUUCGUCAAGGAUGUUCUAUUCCCAUAUGCACUCGAGGCACUUCCCAAAGUCUUGGAACAGGAGUGGGACAGUCCAGAGUUUGCAAAGUAUCGUGAUGCUUUUCCCGAAGAGUAUCGCAACUCGCCUUCUGACUUCGAAGCACACGUUCGCGACCUUGUGAAGCGUGAUGUCAAGAUAGCCUACCUUAAGUCGCUCCAGGGAUACCUCUGGCUGCAAGGCUACAAGUCGGGCAACAUUGUUGCCCCUCUCUUCCCAGAUGUCGAGCCUUUCUUCAACCAGGCCACCCAGAAGGGAAAGAAGAUCAUCAUCUAUUCGUCCGGCUCGGUUCCUGCGCAGAAACUGCUCUUCGCACACACAAACUCCGAGAAGCCAGACAUGACCCCCCUUAUCGCCGACUACUUCGAUACAACCAACGCGGGCCCCAAGACCGAGGUCGACAGCUACACGAAGAUCAUCUCUCAUCACCCGGAGCACAAGGACCUCGAUAGAUGGCUGUUCUUGAGCGACAACAUCGACGAAGUCAAGGCUGCUGUUGGAGCGGGUAUGCGCAGCCUGCCUGUUGUUCGUCCUGGAAAUGCGCCCUUGCCGCCAGAUGAGCCUCUGGCCAAGAUCGCAAUUGCCGAGUUCACGCACUCUGAACUCGCUUCUUUGGGAGUAUGA